AUGCACUUCUCCACCGACGCCUUCCCCUCGCGGAGUUGGAGCCCGAGAAAAUCCACUGCCGCCAUGGACGCCGCAGACGUGAGGUACCGGGCACUCGCCACCGGCGCGGGGGGAGACGAAGAGGAUCCCGGCUGGGAUGAAGGCACCAUCCCCGGCGGAGGGGACCCGAUCCGAGCACUCCGCAACGAGUUGUUCGACUGGGUGAGGGACAUUCACGACCAAGUCCACAUGUCCAGGGUGCAGGUGGCAGAGGAAAUGCAGCAACAGAUGGGCGCGCUGCGCGACCAGAUCCACGCCCUGCAAGGGGCCCUACCGGCCGCCCCGGCCGGCCCCCACGGAGGGGGGCCCACGCCACCACCGGUCCUGGCGCCCCCGGCCCCGCCGCCUGUGGGGCCUGGUGACGGAGGAGGAGGAGGCCCCGCAGGGCCGCCAGCCCUGGCCCCCCCGGUGCCAGCUCCGGCUGGGCCCCCACCCGCAGCACCCGCGGCUCCGGGAGCUCCCGCCGUGCCACCAGUCCCGGCGGGCCCCGUCGCUCCAGCACUCCCGGCACCGGCCCUGGGCCCCGCCGCCCCGGCACCAGUGGGGCCGCCACCAGCCGGGCCCGGGGGUCCGGGGGUAGGCGACGGGGGGGGGGAGCCCGGGAGCUGA